AUGAAUAAGUUUCUCCUAGUAUCUGUAUUACCAGUAUUACUGGGAAUUUUAACUUUUAAUUUAUGUACAGCUACGGCGGCUGUCGGUGGUGCAAGUACGCAUGCUUCCAACAAUAAUGGAAUUAAACGUAUUACAAUGCAGAAAGUCAGUCGUAAAUGUGGCAAUAGUACUGACAGUUAUAAAUGUCAUAAGAAACAUAAUCACACAGCAACUACAGGUACUAAAAGAAGAAGAUCAGCUUCACCUACUACAUCGACUGAAUCAUUGCUUGAUGAAAAUUGGGGAACGUAUUGGAUGGGCCAAAUAACAAUUGGUUCACCCGCUCAAAUAUUCAAUGUUGAUUUUGACACAGGAUCAUCUGAUUUGUGGGUACCAAGCACACAAUGUGGCAGUUCAUGCGGUGGUAAUCAUACAUUUAACAGUGGCCUAUCGUCUACAUAUCGAGCAUGGAAUAAAAAUUUCUACAUUCAUUACGGUGAUGGUAGUAAUGCUAAUGGAACUUUUGCAAAUGAUACAGUUACUAUUGGUGGUGUAUCCAUUGCCAAUCAAUCUUUUGCCAUGAUUACUUCAGCUCAAGGUUUUAGUACGAGGACAGCUGAUGGAAUGCUUGGUAUGGGUUAUCAGAGCAUUGCCAGUGGUGGUGAACUCCCAGUAAUAUGGUCAAUGUAUCUGGCUGGCGAAUUGAGUCUUCCACUUUUUAGUUUUUGGUUUGGACCAAUAUCGACUGGUUCCGAUACAGGUGAAUUGAUUUUAGGUGGUUACGAUACAACAAAAUACACAGGCUGUUUUACAUAUGCAUCAGUAAGUGUACCUGGUUUUUGGGAAUUCGUUGCUGACAGAGUUAGUUUAACAACUGGAUCAACUACAAAUAUAAUAGCUAAGUCAAUUAGCGCUAUUCUGGAUACGGGAACGACAGCUGCCAUUGUGGCUCCAACAACUUAUUUCAAUAUGAUAAAUACAUUAUUAGGAGCUACAUACGAUCCAAACACCGGAUGGUCCAUUGUCAAUUGUCAAACAAAACCCUUGUCAGCUUUUCCAAAUAUUACAGUUACAAUUAGUGGUGUUCCAUUUGUAUUAACACCAUUAAUGUACCUUGAAAUCGUAGGUAAUUCUGCUGGAUACACUUGUUAUAGCUUAAUAACAUCAAUCGAUCAAAACGAUGCAAAUGGCAAUCCAAUUUGGAUUCUUGGUGAUUUUUUUAUGAGACGUUUCUACAGUGUAUUUGAUAUGCAAAAUAAUCGUAUUGGAUUAGCACUUUCAACAUCGUAUUCAUCGGUACAAACUGUACCCAGUACUUUAUUCCAGACCACUACAACGUUGUUUCCUCCAACUACAACAACAACAAAAACAGUUACUACAACUACAACAUUACCAUCACAAUGUUAUAGCUAUACAACGAUUAGCGAUGCAACACGUUUAACUACAGCAGGACCAGCAGCCGGUUGUGAUCAAAAUGUCUUUAGUAGUACUAGUACAAACAGUCCAACAUGGGUUCGAUUUGUAAGUCCAGGUGGUACACAAUUAGCUACAUCACCACCAAAUUCAGGUAAUGGAAAUGUAUGUGGAACGUAUGCAUCAGGCUGGACCAAUGCGACAUACCCUGCAGUUGUUGGACAAAGUGUAAAUGCAUUCGCUUGUUUUGCAUACAAUGGUAAUCCAUGUUUUGGAUAUGUCUAUUGGAAUAUCAUAAUUAAUUGCAAUGGGUUUUAUGUGCACGGGUUAUUUGGACCCGGAGGUUGUGCUUAUCGAUACUGUACACAAUAA